GAUCUGACUCUGAGGGACCGGCAGACCGGCUCAAACCGGCUGAUUUGAAAUGGAAGUCUGGCUUUCUCUGGGACUUUUCCAGGCUGGACAGGAGACGAGCCUGCGGGCGGCAUCUGUCUUCUCUUAGCUGGGGAUGAAAGCGCGAGGCUGGAGCUCCGACCGGACCUGAGUCCAGGUCCCGAAGCCUCAGUCACGGCAGAGGGUCUGGGGGUUUCUGGCGUCUCCUCAGAUCUGACCGCUCUUGGAGUCUGAGGAUGAAUUUGGAUCAUUAGGAGCUCCUUUGAUGCUGAUCUCAGAGAGAAAACAAAGGCUGGUGUGUUGAGAGGACGUCUGAUCUGAAUCUGGUGACAUCAUUCGCUCCAAAGCUACUCCUUCCUGAAAGUUACUCUGAUGUUUUGGAGGCGCAGCAGACGGCGGCGGCGGCGCGUCAUCUGAUGCUGCUGCUGAUCAUCCCAGUGAUGCUGGCGAGCCGCGUGACAGCAGCUGACUCCCACAGAGGACGUGGGAUUGGUCAUCACGUCUGUCAGACGUUUAGCUUUUGGUUUCUCUGAUCAAAACGCUGCCGUUGUGCCUUUGAGCCCAAACAUCCAGAUGUUUUCUGAGUCAGAAGGUCGGGAGCAGCUUCAGGGUUAAUGGAUGGCUUUUUUUUUUUUUUUUGGGAGGAAGAAUGGGGGCCCCCCCCCUCAUCUCUUUGGAGUGUAAAAACUGAACUCCCCCCCUCCCCCCUUAUAUGGUGUUUCCCUGCCAGCGGUGGGAGGGGGGAGAGAGGUGGGAGAUAUUUUCACAGGACGUGAUGGCUGGAGAGCAGCCGGAGCAGCGCGAUGUGGCGGCCGGAGUCAGCCGGGGGGAGCUUUAGGCCAUCGAUCUGCGGGGGGGGGCUGGGAGGCGCGGUGAGGAUGAGGAGGCACCACCUGAGAGUCAGCACCAUGGCCGCCCUCCAGCUGCUCUUCCUGCCGUUGGUCAGCUGCAUGGCGGCGUCUGCGCAUCCCCCAGGACGCCUCCCUCCGUGCCAAGUCGUCCAGAUGGACGUGUUUUGCAGCAAUCUGAGACUCCGAGGGGUUCCCGUCAACCUUCCUCGUGGCGUCCAAACGCUGGACCUUUCACGGAACCAGGUGCAGAACCUCAGUCGGGAGACUCUGGGCUUCCACACUGGUUUCCAUCGCCUGAAUCUACAUGCCAACAAGAUCCACUUCAUCCAGCCGGGCCUCUUCAAAGACAUGCCGGACCUGCGGGUCUUAGACCUCUCCAGGAAUCAUCUAAGCGUUUUUGCAGUUUCCAAAGUAAAUGUUGGACCUCUUUACGCACUUAAGUCUCUAGAUCUUUCAGGUAACGGGUUUUACACGGGAAUGUCAGACUCUUUCCUGGCCGACUCCCCGUCACUGGAAAGUGUUUCUUUGAGUGACAACAGCAUCACAAAAGUAACACAAGACACCUUCAGAGGAUUGUUGUCCCUGAAGAAAAUCAAUCUCCACAAUAACGUCAUCCUGGAGAUUGAAGACGGCGCUUUUGACUUUCUGCAGAACCUGACGGAACUGGACCUGUCCAAGAACUCCAUCACCUGCAUCAAAGACUUCAAUCUGAACACCCUGAAGGUUCUGAAUCUCUCCAAGAACAGUCUGGAGGAUUUUCAAAGCGCAUCUCCAGACAUCGACUUUGAACUUGUCUCCCUUGAUCUGAGUGAAAACAAAAUACUUUACUUCCCUCUUCUUCCAAAGAAAAACGUCCUGGAGCACCUGGACAUUUCCCGGAACCGCAUUCAGACAGUCACAGAAAGUCUGGAGAAGCAGACACACUUGUCCUUUGAAAAGCUGAGAUACCUGGACAUGAGCUACAACAACCUGAAAGACAUACCUGAGAGGUUUUUUCGCUGCAUGACUUCCCUUGAGAUCCUGAACAUGAGCCAUAACUGCAUCAGCUCGUUUUCCAUCACCAAUGAAAGUGUGCUGCAGAAGGCCAAGGUCAUAAACCUCAGCUAUAACUCUCUGCAGAGUCUACAUUUGAAGAAAAACACACUGCAGUACCUGAGAAAGCUUUACUUACAAGGAAAUGACCUCAAAAUGCUUGACCAGCAAAUAUUUCAGAGCCUUCCAAACAUCCGACACCUGCAGCUGCAGGAGAACAACCUCAGAAUCUGCUCCUCUGAUGAAGACCAGCAGGAUCCUCCUGGUUGUGUGUUUUUUCACUCCAUUCACAGCUUGCGGUUCCUGAAUAUCUCUGAAAAUAAUCUAAGGACUUUGCCCUCAAAGGCCUUCGAGAACACACCUCUGAGGUUCUUGGACUUGUCCCUGAACCCUGGUUUGGAUAUGCAGAAAGGCUCCCUUUAUGGUCUGGAAGACUCCUUGGCUUACCUUCUUCUGAAGGAAAGCAACCUGUCCAGCCUGAACACAGAGCUGUCCUCUCUGAGGAGCCUCAGACACGUCGAUCUGUCCACCAACCAGCUGGACAGUCUACCCUUGCUAAACAAGGAGUCUUCCAUCGAGUCCUUGAACCUACAGAACAACAACCUGGUCACCCUGGACCAAAACACCAUUGUGGACCUGGAGCGCUCACUAAAGACCCUCUACAUGGGCUCCAACCCUCUGAGCUGCUGCGAAAACCUCGGCUUCCUGCACAUUGUGAGGCACUCCACAGUCACCGUCCCUGAUUUAGAAAUGGUCACCUGCAGCCACCAGGACCAUUCAGAGCCCGUAAACAUCGGAAAGGUGACCCAGGAGAUGUGCCGCGGACCAUAUGUCCCAAACUACACAACCGUCAUCGUAGUGAUGGUGGUGAUUUUAAUGCUCAUGUUGGGGCUGCUGGUUAAGUGCUGCCAUUUAAGGAGACAGAAGCACAGCAGAAGGUUCAGUGCGUGAACGUCUUGGACAUGAAAGUCCGAAGAUGAGUUUGGAGGCUAGUGCUACUUCUGGUUUUGGAUUCCUUUGAGUAUCCACUACAGACAGCAGACACUGACUGGCACAGUUGACCAGAUGAGUGUUGAAAUUCCUGUGAACCAGACAAACUGAUGAAGCAAGCACCUCUGGAAAAAUGAGGCUCGUAAAGAGGAAAAGCAGCUGUGAGGUUGAGUACAAGAACCAUUUGGGUUGUUGGAGGUUAGUUUUCUGCUUAACCCUGGUGCUAUCUUAGAUGACCCCACCCUUACAUUGACGUGUUCUCCCUACCAUGACAAAGGUGGAUAAAGGUGGAAAGAUUUCAUGUAAUCCAUGGACACCAGUGAAGAUCCCAAAUCAUUGAAGAAAAAAGGUUCAGGGCACUGUCUAGUGGGUCUAGAUGACCCCACUCCCAAUGUUAAAGUGCCCAGGAUAGCACAAGGGUUACACACACCGUCAUGCCAGAAGCAGCAGUGUUACAUUAGAUGUCAUACCAAGCCACCUGCCUCACACAAAACUGUUGAAUGUAAAAGGACAUAUUCACACUAACAUCAGAUGCUUUCAACUGUUUCUGGAAAGGUUGUGUUUACAUAAAGUUUGAUCAAUUUGGUAAAUUAUUUUUGCAGUGCAGAAUCAUAGACAGGAGCCCAGGUGUGUCUUAUAGUAUAGGAACGUCAUUGUCGUGCGUGUGGUAAUUGUAUUAUUGUAUUCCUGAGGCUUAUGGAAGUUACACGCACUUAUGACGUACGGAUGAUGCUGUUGCAGGGUGUCCUCGUGCCACUCUAGUCGUCAGUAAGUUGCGAGUACUGGUUCCUUGAUGACCAUGCGCAAAUGUUGCACGCAGUGUUCACGUAAUAUGUAAAUGCCCGUGGGACGCCCGUAGGAUGUCCACAACCUACACUCUAAUUGUCUGUGGGCUGAUCAUCUCAUUCAACAGGUUUUGAGGGGUUUAAACAAUGAAAAAUCCAUACAACAUGCUUGCAUCUCCCCUAUUUCACACUCAGGUGUUGCAUAAGUGUUCAUAGACCUGUUGCUUGCAGCAUGCCAAUAGAGCAAAAAUGGUCCUGAAUUUUUUUGCUCUACGUGUUCACUGAGAGCUCUACAACUUUGAUAUUAUGUGCGGGCCACCUGUGUACAGGUUUGUCCAUACUUCACCCGCAGACAGCUCGUAUCUACCCGUAAGGGGCAGGUAUGACUAAGGCUUUAGCACACAGACAGGAGUUUGGUCCACCACCUGAAUCCACCUGUGUAACUCCUCUGGUGAAGAUCAGAAGUUGAGAAGAAGCUGGACUGAAGGGAAGUCAGUGAACGCCCCGCUGUGGUCCCUUCAUGGACUGUUUAUCAGGGUUCCAUUAUGUCCUCCACAAAGACAGGGGGGACCCUUGGGAAGAUUUGACCCUGGGAAAGAACAUUUGUAGUGCAGGCAAUGUGACGCCAGCUGCUGUAAAAUUCUUUGGACCAUGCAGGACUGGGAAUUGAAGAAUGACUGCUUUUAAGAGAAGUAGGACAGUUUUUCUCCACUGUUUCCAGUCUUUGUGCUAAACUCAUGAAGUUGUGGCUGAACAGAUCUUUGAGUGUUCACUGAAGACAAGAUAACACAAAAUGAAGGCCUUUGACGGUGAAACAUUUGUCUGCAUCUGAAACAGAUUUUUUUAAGCUAAACAUGAAGAACACUAUGAAGGGUUACAGAUUUCUUUUUGAUUUUCAAAUGUUUAUCCAAGCUUUCUAUUUAACCUUUUUUCAUAAUUUGCACUUUAAAUAGUCUUUUAUUUGUGUAACUGAAUUUAACUUUGUAAUUUUAACACUAAAAGAUGAUGUUAAAGUUUUCAAUAUAAUUUAUUUUAGUAACUUUUUUAUCUGAGCCCUUAGAGGGAUUUCAUUGUUGACGUGGGGUGUUACUGUGUCCAAUAAAAACCCAUAAGGGACCAAUUUUAACAUACAAGGGAAAAUAUGUUAUAAUUCAUUAAAAACAUGAAGUACAGGUCCUCAAUGGGCCAGUUUUUGACUGACUGUUUUAAAAGGAAUAUAUCUAGGUCUAGAAAAAGUGAUGAAGGAAAUGGACGCACUUAAACAUUACUAACUUCAUGUCGUGGUUUGGUUUUGUUGUUACGUGUUUGUUAAGUGGUGUGUUUUACUUUGAUGUGUAGUUUGUCAUUUUUAACACGGAAGGAAAAUCCUUAGGUUAGCUGCUGCUACGCAUUAGCUAACAGGACUUUUUAAAUAAACAAACAAACACUG